UUCCUGCUCGGCUGCCAAAGGAAGAGAGCCGGGGCUGCAUGCAACCCGCCGCACAGGGACCGCGAAGCAGUCGAGCAGGGAGCGCGAUGUGUCGGCCAGCUCUGACCAGGCUGCUGCUUUUUCAUCUGCUCCUGAUCAAGCCGCACAUCGCCAAAGGCUCCCCCAAGGAGUGCGAAGAGGACCAAUUCCAGUGCAGGAACGAGCGCUGCAUCCCUUCCAUUUGGAAAUGCGACGAGGAUGACGACUGUUCGGAUAAUAGCGACGAGGAAGAUUGCCCCAAGAAAACCUGUGCCGAAACCGAUUUUACCUGCAACAAUGGUCACUGCAUUCCAUCUCGAUGGAAGUGUGAUGGUGAAGAAGAAUGUUCUGAUGGGUCAGAUGAAUCUGAAGCGACUUGCAACAGACAACUUUGUCCAGCUGAAAAAAUUAGCUGUGGAGAUUCCAGCAACAAAUGUAUCCCUUCUUCGUGGAGAUGUGAUGGGGAGAGAGACUGUGAAAAUGGAAUAGAUGAGGCUGGCUGCACUAGUGUCUGUUCUUCGAGUGAAUUCCAGUGCAGUAACAAGACCUGCAUAGCCACCAUCUUUGUGUGUGAUGGCGAUGAUGACUGUGGCGAUGGGAGCGAUGAGAGGAAGUGUUCACCACUUACCUGCAAUCCCAAUGAGUUCCAGUGCAACAACAGCCAGUGCAUCCUAGAGUCCUGGGUCUGUGACAGCCAGCCUGACUGUGAGGAUCAUUCAGAUGAAUCAAUGGAAAAGUGUGGCUACAAAGUCAAGCCCCAACUCCUGAGUACCUGUGCAGCUCAUGAGUUCCGGUGUGGCAAUGGGGAAUGCAUCCACCUCAACUGGAAGUGUGAUGGAGAUGAGGACUGCAAAGAUAAAUCAGAUGAGCAAGAUUGUCCCUUGGUGACCUGUAGCCCUGAUGAAUUCCAGUGUGGUGAUGGGACCUGCAUCCAUGGAGCAAAACAGUGCAAUAAAGUCCAUGACUGUCCUGAUAACAGUGAUGAAGCAGGCUGUGUUAACGAAGCGACGUGCAAGAGUCCCACCAAGUUUCAGUGUAAGAGUGGAGAAUGCAUAGAGGAAAUCAAGGUGUGCGAUUCACAAAGGGACUGCAGGGACUGGUCUGAUGAACCUCUAAAAGCAUGUGGUGUGAAUGAAUGUGCUGUGAACAAUGGUGGUUGCUCCCACAUAUGCAGAGACCUGAAGAUUGGCUAUGAAUGUGAAUGUCCUUCUGGAUACAAGCUUCUGGACAAAAAAACGUGCGGAGACAUAGAUGAAUGUGAGAAUCCUGAUGCCUGUAGCCAGAUCUGCAUUAACUAUAAGGGAGACUAUAAAUGUGAAUGCUACAAGGGUUACGAGAUGGAUACCUUGUCUAAAAACUGCAAAGCUGUGGGAAAGAGCCCCUACUUGGUUUUCACAAACCGUCAUGAAGUACGCAAGAUUGACUUGGUGAAAAGGGAUUAUUCCCGCGUCAUCCCUAUGCUGAAGAACGUUGUUGCUUUGGACGUGGAAGUGGCAACAAAUAGGAUAUUCUGGUGUGAUUUAUUCUACAGAAAGAUCUACAGUGCCUACAUAGACAAAGCCAGCGACACAGCGGAGCAAGUGGUUCUAAUAGACAGCCAAUUGAAUUCUCCUGAAGGCCUAGCAAUAGAUUGGGUUCACAAGAACAUCUACUGGACAGAUUCAGGCAACAAGACCAUUUCUGUAGCCACAGCUGAUGGCACCAAGAGAAGAACACUUUUCAGUACUAACUUAAGUGAGCCCAGAGCUAUUGCAGUGGAUCCAAUACAGGGAUUCAUGUAUUGGUCUGACUGGGGCGACAUAGCAAAAAUUGAAAAAUCUGGCUUGAAUGGUAUAGAUCGGCAAGUGCUUGUAAAAGAAAACAUUGAGUGGCCCAAUGGCAUCACCUUAGAUUUGUUGAAUCAGCAUCUCUACUGGGUAGACUCCAAGUUGCACUUGCUUUCAAGUGUAGAUUUCAAUGGAGGCAACAGAAAAGUUCUCAUCUCUUCUGUGAAUUAUUUGACCCAUCCGUUCGGAUUAGCAGUAUUUGAGGACAGGGUAUUCUGGACUGACCUGGAGAAUGAGGCAAUCUUCAGUGCCAACCGGCUGAAUGGGCUGGAUAUCUCAAUUUUAGCAGAAAAUCUCAAUAACCCACAUGAUAUUGUAGUGUUUCAUGAGCUGAAGCAGCCAAAAGCACCAGAUGUUUGUGAGCUCAGUUCUCUACUGAAUGGAGGUUGUGAAUACCUUUGUCUUCCUGCACCUCAAAUCUCUCCACAUUCUCCAAAGUAUACAUGCACCUGUCCUGACAAUAUGUGGUUGGGUUCUGACUUGAAAAACUGCUACAACGAGCCUCCAGUUACCUCAACUACUAUGCCAGUUUCUACUCCAACUCACUUCCCCCCUGUGACCAACCUUACAACUGCCUCUAUGACUACCAAUACUACCCCCAUUGUUACAACCAGCAACACCAGUAACAUGAACACAGAAAGCCAAGAAACCACAUCACACAUCUUCCUGGACAUUACAAGUUUUCAUUCACCUACAACCACAACAAGCCUGACAAAGCCUAAGAUGACAACAACAGGAAACAGCAGUCUCUCCCAGCACUAUGCUAAUGAUGGACAAGGUUUUGGAUCAACGGUUAUGGCUGCCAUUAUUGGAAUUGUUGUUCCUGUUGUGGUGAUUGGUAUGUUGUGCUUGGGAGGAUACCUCAUCUGGAGAAACUGGAAACGGAAAAACACAAAAAGCAUGAACUUUGAUAACCCUGUAUACAGGAAAACUACAGAAGAAGAAGAUGAAGAUGAAAUCCAUAUUGGGAGAACAGCACAGAUUGGACAUGUAUACCCAGCACGUGUAGCAUUAAGUCUUGAAGAUGAUGGGUUGCCAUGAGGACUGUGUACCUACACCACUCCCCCACCACCACUGGUGGACUGACAAAUAUGCACUGAAUACACUUGCUGUGGAUCACACAAUCUAUCUUUCUUUCAUUUCCUUCUCCCCUCCCCUUCAAUUUAUGUUGCAAGGGUUAACCACAAAGUUGUAAUAAACUGCAAACAUCCAAAGGAUGUGAGAGUUUGUAUGUAUAAUCUUUUAUACACCUUUUUAACUUCUUGCACUAUUCAUCUGUACUUGUGAGGAGGGUACUCUGCUGCUGAGCUACUAACUGUAUAUACCCAGCUGGACCUAUGGGUCAGUAGCUUGCACAUCAUUUUUAAAAACUAUAUUUAUAGAGGUUUUGUAAAUAUAUCAAACAUACUUUGUGGUUAUCCAUCAGCAUAAGAGAAAAAGAGGUCUAUAAAGCUGUUUAGGAUAUUUAUUAACAAAUUCUGGAUAUAAGAUUUGUUGUGUAUAUAUACUUAGAGGGUGAGAGUAUUUAUUUUUUGUAUGUUUACCUUGCUGUGCAUAGAUUAUCUGUAUAUAUAUAUAUAUAUAUAUAUAUAAAUAUAUCAAUAUAUGAAUAUAUUUUAAAAGACUAGCCCAGCUCCAUGGGAAGUAAAGUAAUCAAAUUCUUAAGGGAUGUUUUGUGGAAAUUUUGCUUUGAAGUCUAAAGCCACUGAUUAAGAAUUACAGCUAUUAUAAUAAGGUAGUCAUGAUUGUCUAGUGCAGUCCAUGGGGGGAGGGGCACAAUGAAUCGUGGUUUUGGCGCAAGGCUGUGCCAAUGUGGGUGCCCCUAACGCUGGCGCAGGGGGCAAAGGAGCCUGCACCUGCAUUGGUAGGAGCAUUCCAUGGGCGAUCCAGGGGACAGAGCCAACUUUAGUCGGCUUCCUUAGGGCUUUAGCCUACGCUUGCCGGUGAUUUACGACAUGAAAACAGCAGGUGUAAGCCACUGGAAAAGAACAGUAAGUUGGGGGUCUGCUUUUUCUCGUCUUCUCCAUGCCUCCCUCGGUUUUUUUUUUUUUUUUGAGAGGGCACGGUGGCACCCUUCCCGGCCGCUGUGAAACUCCCCUCCCAUGAUUUGUAUUGCCUGAAACAAAGUGCUCAUAUAACACACAAACCAAAUUUUGUCCCAGAAGAAGAAACCAGUAAAUUUCUUCUGUGCAGGAUUCCCCAUUCAGUUCAUCAGAGGUACCAUUUGUAUGCAAAGGGAUGCACAUAUAGAGGUGCUUCCAGCACUGAAGUGAAUGAGCCUGGAAGUCUGUGGCUACCGUUUGAACAAACACAGAGCUCUGAAUCAGUGAUACAUGUCAGCUCUCCCAAACUAUUAAGCCAAAACUUUCAGGCAUAAAUUAGCAAGCUUACUCUGCAAUCCUAAACACACUUUCAAAGAAAAGUUCCAUAGAACUCAGUGGGACUUUCUCCUCAGCAUAUGAGCUUAAGACAAGAUUUAUAAUAUUGCUGCAAUUUGGAUAUCUUAAAGGAUUUGUGAAUCGGUUUGUUCCUUUAUGCUAUAAAGAGAUCAAUGCAUCACCGCCCGGAGCCCCUCGGGGAUAGGGCGGUAUAAAAAUCUAAUAAAUAAAUAAAUAAAUAAAAAGAAGUGUUUACAAACUGCAACUUACUUUCUCCCAGAGCUUUUAAAGUGAUAACUAAGACUUUAAUUGUUUGAAGAAAACAUAAAAUUGGCAGGAGUCUUGUUUCAUACACACAGAAAAGAAGGUGCUUGGUGUCUAUAUACGGUCACAUAAUUAACCUUUAAAGCCCUUUUAUUCCAGAAACAGCCUCUGACUUGCCUGUAUCCUUUGGCUAAUUCAAAUUAAUUAAGUAUUUAAGUUGAAGUCACCACCAGAUUCAGGAUGGGAAAUGGAGCGACGAGUUUGGCCAAACUAAAUUUGAAUUAUGCUGAUAUUAUACGCAAAAACCUGAACACCAGGAUGCAAGCAACAGUUGUAUUGACUUCCUUGGAAAUCAGGGAAUAACAAUGCAAUCCUGGGGAGAGGGGCAAAACCCCUCAAGGGACAGAACGACCCUGGCACUGGCAUAAAAUGCCAGCAUAAGAAGCAUUUGUGCUGGUACAUGGCCAUUUAAGUCGGUGUAGGGGAGCCACAUAGCAGCACAACAUCCAGACACCAACACAGCUGCGGCACAGCUGUUCCUCUGGAACAGGAACCUGUGCCAGCUGUAAAGGGAGCAUUCCUGGGGGCAGAACUGGCCUCAGAUGGCUUCCUAAGCCCUUUCAGGCUAAAAAUGCCCCUUUUACUUGCACCGAGUUGCACCAGCAAAAUCAGUGGUGUAGCUCCUUGAACUGCAUACCCCACUAGCAUGGGAAAAGGGGCAACAUCUCUUUUCGCUUGCUGGCCACAGCCUCUCAGGAGAUGGUAUGGCUGCACCAUCCCUGGCCACACCACAACUAUCUACCCCCUUAGGAUUGCACUGCCUGUGUGGUAGUUCUCUGCAUCUGAAUUUCAUUAAAAGAGAAAACAUAGAUCUCUAGUGCAACACCUACCCGGUGCACAAUCCAGAGGAAGUUAAGCAGAUUGUUUCCUGGGUAGGUUGCUACACUAGGCCACUAAGGACUAAACGGCACGCUGCACAUGAGAACUCUGAUUGGCCAUCCUGGUUUUUCUUCAUCAGCCCAGGACUACUAGUUUGCUCAAAGCACUUUGGGACAAACAGUAAUUUGUGGGAGAUAUUUUAACGGGGAAAAUGACAUAGGGAAAAGUCUUAAACAUUUGCCUUUCGCACGCCAGUCAUGGCUCAGUCAAACUGCAAGUACUGACUGCAUUUCUGUAAAAUAAAACUUUGCAAAAAUGCAGUUCUGUAUUGCACUGAGCAACACAUCCACAGAGUUUCCAGUUACUUUAUACAACGAAUCCAUGAGCACAAGAAUCAAAGUAAAUUUGCUGCUACACAUGACUUGUAUUCAAGAAAUGCUUACGGGAAAUGCUUUUAUAAUACCUUUUCAAGCUAGUUCUUGGACUUGAAUGGUUGUAAAUAAAAGCCACUUUUACACUGGAAUCAAAGUUUCUGUUGACAAAUGAGAAAACCGCAUUCGGCAUAGAACUGUUUUUUUUAAAAAAAUUACACAUAGUUUAAUGUGUGAUCAGAUUUUUCUCCAGUAUUGUUAGAUGAGGAGGACUUAUUAUCACUAAUCUAGGAAAUCAGUGAUUCUGCAAACAUCAAUUGAUAAAAGUGGGUUGCUGUGCAUGUGUGAAUCAGCCAUUACAGACCAAGUCCAACAGAUGCAGCUUUGAUACCACUUUGUGCCAUCACAAACAAAGCAUCUGGCAGUGCAGGCAGUUUGCAUGCCUGGUUGCAAGGCAUCAAGUGAUGCCUUAGGGGGCUAUAGUGAUUUUUAUUUACAGCCCUUGGGGAAGAAAAUGUCAAGAAAGAAACUGAAAUGCUGGAGGUUUUAUAUGAUUUCUUCCCAUCAGGCUAUGCUCAAUUUAUCACAUUUUUAAUUGGUUAUUUUAAUAUAUGUAUGAACUUAAUGCAUUCUUCCUUGUUUUCAUGUGAGUAUUAUAUUCUCUGUUUUUGUGCUGUUGGUUUUAUAGCUGCUCAAUUGAGAUGACUUUAAUUGCUGAAUGAGCCAGUUUUAACUCGGUCAGAGUUUUCAAGGGAUUAUUGUUGUGAGCUGCUUCAGUUUUUCUAGCAAGGUAGCGUAUACAAGUUCUAAAUAAAUGAAAAUCAAAGAUGGCUGUUCUCUAGUUUGGGACAAGGAUCAAGAGCUGUUUUAGGCAUACAUGAGCUAGGCUUACAAAUAGAGGAGAAUCUUUUUGUGAUUUUUAAUAACAAUAGCCCUCACAAUUCUCUUCUCCCUCUCAGAUUUCUCAAGCAACAGAGGGAAGGGCUAGUGGGAAGGUCCUGAUGGUUGUAAAUGGAAAUGCCCCAAGUCCCUCCUAUGCUGUUUUACAACAGCCAAGGAGUCAAUUCACUCAUGCAUAUCUGUCACUUGGUUUCCAAUACUUGCUUGCAUCCAAAUGUGUACAUGAACUGUCUCUAUUGAAAAGUAUUGUAUUUGAGAUUAAAGUUCUGUGACUACCAUCUGUGGUGGUUCAUUCAUACUUAAAAGUCAGCACUUGACGCUACUAACGAGACAAAUUUGUGUAUCUCCUAUUGAAGUUGUUAAAGUAUAUAGCAUAAUUGGAAAGAAUUCAACCUGCAGCUGUUUCCUAUAAUAUCCAUUGAAAAAUAAAGAUUUCCUAUUUUGUUUAGAUUUUCAGAACAGAGGCCUCUGAGUAAAUAAACACUUUUGCUGGAGAAGAGAGUUGCAAUUAUUCUUUUUAAGUUGCUCCGCUUGUUACUACAAGGUCAUGCACUAUGUGUGUGAAGAAAAAGAACAGAAUCUUUGUAUGUAAUACCCCUGUAAUUAACCGCAAUCUGUAAAUAGAUUUGAAGGCACUACGGUUUUGAUACUUUUUUAAAGAGAAUAAUAAUAAAUUGUGUACAAAUCCUGAGUAAAAAGAAGCUGGAUUCGGGGUUCAUCUAUCCCCCCCCACAAAAAAAUAUUGUAAAUUACUAUGCUGUGAAGUUUUCCAGCUUUCAGACUGAAUAGAUUUGUAACUAAAUCAAGCCAAUAGCCAAAUUUUGAUUUUAUAAAAAAUUGAUUAUUUUCAGUAUGUAAUUGAGACCAUUAAGAUGUUGAUUAACGUUGUAACAUUUCCAAUCUCUGUAUUGUCAUAUUGAAAUUCUGUUAGAAUGCAGUCUUGCUUGGUGCCUUUUGUGUUUCUGUUUUAAACCUGAACAAAAGGUCUUGGGCGGGGGUGAGGGAGGGUCUGCUCUUUAUAACAUUUGCUGUACUUACAUCAGUAGUAAUACUGAAAACCAAAUGAUAAAUUUGUAAGACAGUGCACUGUUUCUAUAGAGAUUAAAUUUUUUUAAUUAGUAA